AUCAGCUGUGUCCAAUCACAGGUGAUCACAUGGCACUGAUGAUCAGUGUGCCCUGAUGAUCAGUGUGGCCCCAGAAGUGCCACCUGUCAGUGCUCAUCAGUGCCACGUGCCAGUGCCCAUCAGUGCCACGUGCCAGUGCCCAUCAGUGCCACAUCAAUGCCACAUAUCAGUGCAUACCAGUGCACAUCAAUGCCACAUAUCAGUGCCCAUCUGAGCUGCCUUUCAAUGUCACCCAUCAGUGUUAGUCAGUGCCACCUAUCAAUGCCAAUCAGUGCCACCUAUCAG